AUGCCUACACCACUUGACAAUGCCAUGAGAUCCAGGAAUGCGGUACUCGCAUUCGGUGGCUUGGUCACGGCCGUAGCUGUCUGGGCCAUCUACGGUGGCGACAUGUUUCCCGCCGGGGCGGAUCCCACAGGCAACCCGGAAGAUUGGACCAGAGAGGAGAUGAGGAGAUGGCUCGCGGCGCGAAACCUGUUUCCGCAGGAGAACGACACGAGAGAGGAGCUUCUGGCACGUGUGUUGGCCAACAUGAGAGCUCCGAGACGGUGA